AUGACUGACUCAGUGCACUCCAUCAAAUUGCCGGCCCCGAGGGAAGUGAGCCCGUUAAUUCGAACAGCUCGCUGGGGUCUACUUGCUGUUGGAAUACUUUAUGGUGCGUUGCGUCUGAAAUAUCUCAAGUCUCGCGAAGUGAAUAUUCAAAAACGCAACAACAUGCUACUGGCCAAGCGUGCAGCAGAAUACAAGCAAUGGUUUGAAGAACAGGCAGAAAAAUCAGCUAGACAACUAGCGAAAGAUGCUGGUAUUGUUCCGAAGACCUAG